UAUUCAUAUACUUUAUGGUUCGAUGUAUUUGGCAUGAAAUUCAUUUUCUGAAAUUGUCUGAAAAAUAUUUAACCAAGUCCUUGGUCUGUUUGUAUGCAUGGGGAUCUGUAAUGUGCUUAUGGUAUAAAAAGACGAUAUGAUUAGCUCCCAAUACUGGACAAAAGUCGGGUUCCGGGCCCAUGCAAGUUAAACAAGCUUAUAUUUUAGUUUCCAUGUCUCACUUUCACAAAUAGAAAAGUUAAAAAGACUCCGAUCAAAAUGUACUUUAUUUCUAUUGUAAGGCCCCUUGUCGAUUAAGAUUAUGAUCGAUUCGAAAUUAAGGUAUCUGUAUACACACUCCUUUCCCACCAGCGUUUUUCUUAUCAUGAUUCAUAUUUUUUAAGAAAUUAUAGAUCAUAUUGUUACAGGCAAAUUGGAGAGCCGGUAUUUCAUUUGUAAUUUGAUUCCAAUUAAUUACUAAUUUCCGUGUAAUGGUACAACUAUAUAAAUAUCCAUGUACUAUUACUGUCAGUAGAACAACUAAUAUCAUAAUGCAUACAAGUAAACUCGUAUAAAUGGAUAUGUAUACAGGUUAAAAGAUAACCAAAUUAAUAAUAUUUAUCUGCAUGCGUAACAGGAUAACAUUCACUUCAAAUAUGAAUAAAAGGAAUCAUGGAGAAAACAUCAAUGAGACAGAAACCCAAAAACAAAAAUCACCACAAGAUAUCGAAAAUAGACAUAUACAAGUCUUCAAGUACAGUUUACUCUGCUAAGGCUGAUACUUUCUAGUAAAUGCACCAUACAUCUAUUCUUUUACAAUAUUCUUCUGAAUUGUCGGAUAUCAUUAUGUGGGAAUUUUUAUGCUUUGUGUAUGCAACAUUGCAUUAAAAAAUAUUGUUUCAGAAAAUUUACAAACUUACAAUACUAUAAGUAUACUACAUGUACAGUGAUGUAGGUGUAAUUGACAUUUCAUUUUUUCCCUUUUGAACAGUCAAACACAAAAUGUCUGCUAAAAAGAAACUGGAAUUUAACAGAAAACAGAAACUCUUAAAACGUCGACAACAAAAACUGGCCUCAUACUACAAAAACAGAAGUAAAAAAAAUGCUGAGUAUAUGUACACAAAUACAAAAGAAGCAACAAAAAAGAGAGCAUACAGGGCAAAAAAGGCCGAAAAAAAGGAAAAGGAAAAUACAAGAAAGAGAAAUUACAGACAAGCUAUGAAAAGCAAACACAUAACUCAAAAUACAUUAGACGACAGGGAUAUUUUUAAAAAUGUGUUUAAUAACAGGACUACUAAACACAGAGCCAUUAAGAGAUUGAAGAACGCACUACCAAGAACACCGAAAAGAAGAUCGGCUACUCUCGCUGCUUACCUUCAGCAUACAAAAUCUCCAGCAGUUGAGAUUCUAAGACAGGCGGAAGUCGUAUCUUCACCAGAAGACCAGAUGGAUAUGGCAAUAGAAAAGGCUGCUCUAGAAGAUAUAAAGACGGCCAUUGAUAGUUGCAAAACAAAGAGAUCAAAAGACUCCGUUACAUCAAUGAACGUUCUUGUAGCAUCCAUUAGUGGUGAAAAGGUUACAGAGACCAGGUGUCGCAAAAAUUUAGCAAAAAAAUUAGGACUACCAGUAAGACGAUUGAGUAGGGGAAACCGAAUCAGGACAACUAUUUUAAAAUCAGAAAAAUCAUGCUGGGCUUAUGUAUGCAGAAAGACCCGCAAAGACGCAUUAUCUGAGGAAACAAAACGACUGGCAUAUAAUUUUUGGAUGAAACCCGGCAUAUCCCGUCCUACAGGUAACAAGGCAGAUGUAAAACGAGAAAGGAUUGGGCCCAAAACAUACUCUAGUCACCAAGUAUAUCUACUUGAAAAAACACAAACCGAGGUAUACAUUGAUUUUACUGCUGAAUAUCCAUGCAUAAAAUUGUCCCAGCGUUCUUUUGAAAAUUGUAAACCGUAUUUCAUUCGUCAAGUGCGUCCGAAAGAUAGACAAACCUGUUGCUGCAGGUACCACGUAGAAACCAAAAGCGCAUUUAAAAGUUGUAUGAAUUUUCGGAAAAAGUUAUUGAACGAGAAUGAUGCAUAUGAUGAAAAUAAUGUUCAUGUUUAUGAUUACAUAAGCGACAUUGUGGAUGUCACAUUAUGUAACAAAGAAGAUAAUGUCCACAAAAUAUCUUGCCUUAAAAGAGAUUGUGGAGAAUGUGGUAUUAACAAACUAGAACUACUGCCAGAGGAAACUGACGAUUUAGAUACUGCACAGAUAGUAAAAUGGGAGAGAUUUGAAAAGGUAGACAUUAAAGUUAAAGGCAACAAAACAAUUAAAAAGUUGGUCCUUGUGAAGAAAGAAACCAAAGCUGUAGAACUAUUUUCACAUUUUUUAGAACUUUUAAAAUCAUUUCCACUACAUCAGCAUAGAGCAACGUGGCAAAACAAACAAUACCAAACACUUCUAACUGAACUUCCACAAAAUCAUUGCGUCUGUGUACAUGACUUUUCAGAAAAUUACCGCUGUACGGAUUUAAAAGAACUUCAAAGUUCAUAUUUUCAAAAGACGGAAGUGUCUAUUCAUGUAACAAUAAUACAUCGCCACGCUUUACUUGAAUAUGACGGUGUUGAGAGUACCUCCGAGUUUCCUGAAAUAAUUACCGAACAUUUUUUUGUGAUAAGUAGUGACCAGCAGCAUGAUCAACAUUUUGUUCAUGAAGUUCGAAAGAAUAUUACAGAGUACUUAAAAUCCAUCUCUUACCCGGUCCAUACAAUGCACGAGUUUACGGAUGGAUGUGCUGCACAAUACAAAAGUCGCCACUGCUUUGGUGAUAUAAGCCGGACCUGUAAGGAUUUUGGAUACAGCAAUUUCACCCGAAAUUAUUUUGAAACCGCACAUGCAAAAGGCCCCCAGGAUGCCGCCGGUGGACUUCUAAAGCGACAGGCAGAUAUAGCAGUCUUACGCGGACGAGCGACAAUACAAAAUGCAUCCGAUUUAUAUAAUUUUGCCGUUAUGAAUAUGACACAAACCAAAUCCGUUUGUAAAAGAAGACUAUUUAGAUUUGUGGAAACAAUCCCGAGGGAUACAAACCUAUCUUACAAACCUGUAACAAACAUAAGAUUAGUACACCAAGUUAUUGUUAGGGAUAACCGUGAUGAAAUUUUAAUCAGGGAACUAUCAUGUUUUUCUUGUGACAAAUGUGCCAGUCAUUUCUAUGAAGAAUGUGAAAACAUUUCAAACACGGGGAGUUUUACGAAAGUAAAAAUGAUUAAUGAAACCCCGAGAGUAGUUGAUAACAAUGAAGUCACAAACCCCGAAAUUGAGAGGGAAGAAUUAUCUGACCUUGUCUCUUCAGGACAAGUCAUUGCCGUUUACACAGAUGACCCGGACAAUGAUUUCUACCUAAUAAAAGUUAUGGAUUGUCCUCACGUUCUUGGUGUCGACACAACAGAUUCGUGGGGCUCCAUAUUGCCAGCUGGGACAAGUGUUAUCAGUGGAUUGUAUUAUGAUAAUAAUGCAUCACCACUAUCAUAUAAACUUGUAUCGAAAAAAAAAGCAAUUGUUCCAACAGAAUCGAUAGUUUAUAUAUGUUCCGAAAUUGACGCCACAAGAAAUAUUCAAUUACAUGAGGACAUUCAUCUCAGCAUUUUACAAUGUAUAAAUGAAUUAAAAUAGUCACAAAUAUAGGUGUUAUUUUUUAUUUUAGUUUUUCAUAUCAUAGUGUUAGCAUUGCUCGUAUUAUAAAUCAAAGUAACGUCGUCAACUUCAUGCAAUAUUGACGUUUUACGUGUAACGUCAAGUGACACCAGUAUUGUGCGUA